AUGCUCAAGCAGACCCAUCCAGAUACAGCGGUCAUGGGCGAGGCCAUGGGUGAAGACUCUGAGCGACGAGUUUCGCCACAUGAUCUUGAGGGGAAUGACUCAGAUGUCCAGCAUGAGGCCAAAAAAUCAGCAAGCAAUGAUCCAUUCGGAUCUGAAGAUGUUGCUGAAGUAAAGUACCGUACAAUGACAUGGUGGCAGUGUGGAAUGCUCAUGAUUGCGGAGAACGUCUCUCUAGGAAUCCUCUCCAUUCCAUCCACUAUGGCAGUUCUCGGAAUGGUUCCUGCUGCAAUUCUGAUUGUCUUCCUAUCAGCUCUGUCAUGGUAUACGGGCUACAUCAUCGGACAGUUCAAAGUUCGAUACCCACAUGUCCACAGUAUGGGUGAUGCUGGAGAAAUCAUCUUCGGCCCCGUUGGACGUGUGCUGCUCGAAAUUGCACAGCUCUUAUUAUUGAUCUUUGUGAUGGCAAGUCACAUCCUCACUGGAACUAUCUUGCUGAGCACCAUCAGCAAAAGCUCAGUGUGUGGCAUCGUGUUUGGUGUCGUUUCACUGAUCGUUUGUUUCAUCGGUGCUCUCCCACGCACGAUGUCCCGCGUGUAUUGGCUAUCAACUAUCUCCUUCGCAAGUAUCAUGAUCACUACUCUUGUGACCAUGAUCAGCAUUGGAGUGCAGUCUGAAGAUCCCGUUGAGUAUCAUGCCUUCCGGCAGAUCAGCUUCUAUGAGGGAUUCCUGGCAUUUACCAACAUCAUGUUUGGAUUUAUUGUUCAUGUCACCUUCUUUGGACUUAUCUCUGAGACUCAGAACCCACAAGAGUUUCCGAAGGCCCUUGCUAUGCUGCAGGUCACCGAUACUGUCUUGUAUCUCGUGGCGGGUCUUGUGAUUUACAGAUAUUCUGGCCAGGAUGUCAAGUCCCCUGCUCCAUCUUCUGCGGGUCCACUGAUGAAGAGAAUUUGUUUUGGUCUGGCGAUUCCAACGGUUUACAUUGCUGGUAUUGUCGUCGGUCACGUCAAUUGCAAAUAUGUAUACGUUCGAAUCCUCCGCGGUUCGAGCCAUAUGCAUAGAAACAGUUUUGUUGGCAUCGGAACGUGGGUUGGAAUUGCAGGCCUCCUUUGGGUUAUUGCAUGGAUCAUUGCCGAGUCUAUCCCCGGGUUCAAUGAUCUCCUGAGUUUCAUCAGCGCCCUAUUUGGAAGUAUUCUGAGUUACGCCAUUCCGGCCAUCUUCUGGCUCUACAUGAACAAGGGCCGUUAUAUGUCCACGGUUUCAAAGACUUGUCUUACCAUUCUCAAUCUUAUAAUUUUGGGCAUUGGCCUGUUCAUGUGCGGAGCCGGGCUUUACGUCUCCGGUAGAGCUUUGAAAGAGAGCUCAGCAAACUCCAGCUGGUCGUGUGCUGUUAGCACUUGA